CUUACGGUUUAAUUUAGCUCCCGUAUUUUUCCUGCUCGCUUUACCUUACAAUUUCCCCUCGAUGUAACAUUUGUUUUCUUAUCAAGGAGCCAAACUUAGACUCACUAUCAGCUGAGCUUACGUGUUAACAAACGCGUUUUCUCCCCCAUUAUAUUUCGCUCCCGCAUGCCGCUGCCCCCGCUGUCUUUUACUGCAUAUAGCUCGAUGUAUUUUGUGUCCCUUGUUUCCUCCAGUAACCCAUGUCUGUGUGCAUCCCGCCUCCCUGCGCUCUCAAUAGAUGGUGCAAGUCAAAAUGUCCAAAUCGCCCGUAGACCCACUCUCUGCUGUGGAAACAGGCUCUCAGUCGCACUAUUUCCAGCUGCCCAGGAAGUUGCCUAAACGCAAGAGCCGCUUCAAACGCUCAGAUGGCAGCACAUCGUCUGACACAACAUCCAGCUUCAUCAAGCGGCAGGGGUCGGCUGAUUCGUACACCAGUAGACCGUCGGAUUCAGACCUGUCAGCAGAGGAGGACCGCGAGGCGUAUCGGCGUGAAGCCGAGCGCCAGGCACAGCUGCAGCUCGACAGAGCUAAGUCCAAACCUGUAGCGUUUGCAGUAAAGACCAAUGUGAGUUACUGUGGAGCUCUGGAUGAGGACUGUCCCGUCCAAGGAGCUGCAGUCAACUUCGAUGCCAAAGACUUCCUGCACAUCAAAGAAAAGUAUAAUAAUGACUGGUGGAUCGGUCGGUUAGUGAAAGAGGGAGCAGACAUCACAUUCAUCCCCAGCCCGCUAAGACUGGAGGCCAUGAGACUCAAACAGGAGCAGAAACAAAGGAAAACAGGGGGUAACUCCUCUAGUUUAGGAGAUAUGGUGACUGGAAACUGGAGGACCACACCGCCAUCUGCAGGUGAAUCCAAACAGAAGCAAAAACAGGAACAUGUUCCUCCCUAUGACGUGGUGCCCUCUAUGAGACCAGUGGUUCUCGUGGGACCAUCGCUGAAGGGUUAUGAGGUGACAGAUAUGAUGCAGAAAGCUCUAUUUGACUUCCUGAAACACAGAUUUGAGGGGAGGAUCUCAAUCACACGAGUAACUGCUGACCUGUCUUUAGCCAAGAGAUCUGUCCUCAACAAGAGACCCAUAAUGGAGAGAUCCAACACCCGCUCCAGCUUAGCGGAGGUUCAGAGUGAGAUUGAAAGGAUAUUUGAGCUCGCCAAAACCCUGCAGCUGGUGAUUCUGGACGCAGACACCAUCAACCAUCCCGCACAGCUAGCCAAAACCUCCCUCGCCCCCAUCAUUGUCUAUGUCAAAGUUUCCUCACCAAAGGUGCUCCAGAGGCUCGUCAAAUCCAGGGGGAAGUCUCAGAGCAAGCACCUGAACGUGCAGAUGAUGGCUGCAGACAAACUCUCUCAGUGCCCCCCUGAUAUGUUUGAUGUCAUUUUGGAUGAAAACCAGCUUGAGGAUGCAUGUGAGCAUUUGGCUGAAUACAUGGAGGUCUACUGGAGAGCCACUCACCUCCCAGGAAACACCCCUCUUAACCCCUUAUUGGAGCAGAGUUUGAUGACCCCACCUUCUGCCAUCUCUAGCCUACAGAACCAGAACAAGAACCAGCCGCAGCCUCGUGAGGGGGUGGGCUUGCAGCGUAACGAGGAGGAGGAGGAGGCAGGCGAGGAGGCCCACUCCCCCCUGGAGCAGGACAGUCUUAUGCCGUCUGACGAGGCCAGCGACUCCCUGUCUCGCGGCCGGAGGGGGAGCCCGUGCCAAAGGGGGGGUGAGGAGGAAGAUGAGGAGGAAGAAGAAGAAGAAGAAGAAGAGGAAGAGGAGGAGGAUGAGUAUGCCUCCCCUGUCCAUGGUCGCACAUACAGGGACAUGUACCCCCCUCACCGUGGGCACACAGGCAGCGCCCACAGUGCUAACGGGCACGAGUCACAGGACAGGCUGCUCCAACGUGAAGCUCAGCAAGGUCACAACCAGAGGAACAACCGCCAGCGGAGCCGCCCCUGGCCUCGAGACACCUACUGAGGAAGACGAGCCCUCCUCCAUCGGCCUUCAGACCACAAUGAGAUCCCCCUUCCCCCCCCCACCCGCCUGAUGUCGUAUGUUCCCAGUGAUGAGAUUUUAAAAAGUUGUCCUUAAAUCUGCUCUUAACUUUAAUCAGACACAAACCAAAUACGACAUCUUUAUUUAAAGCAUUGCAGUCACAAUCUUCUCAACUCGUAGAUAAUUUAAACAAAGGGGAUGUCUCGACCUCUCCAGGGUCGAGUCAUUCAGAUAAAGUCAACAGGGCUACCAGCUGUAAGCAAACUCAAACUGCUUUGCCUAAGGUUCCUCUAUCGUAGGAUGUCUCAUAUACUGGCCUUAAAAUUCCUUAAAAGACUUUUAACUAUCUUUACUAUUGCAUGUAUGAGUAUAAUUAUUUUAAGACUAUUUGCACAUUAAUGUCAGAACAGGAACUGAAUGAUCUUUACGGAUAAACUUACGUAGGAAUGUCUACUGUUGAAUCCAUGUAUGGGAAAUAGUGAUGCAUUUGAUUACAAUGUAGAUAUAUACUGAAUGGGCACCUGGUUUUGUUUCAUUGCUACUAUAUUUGUUUGAUUUUGUUGAUAUAGACUUUGUUGUUUCAGAGAAUAUGUUUACCAUCUAUCAGUCAGUAUGUCCUGUGAAGACGGCAAAUGGCAUGUGGGAGACACACACACACACACACAGACACACACAGACACACACACACACACACACACACACACACACACACACACACACAGACACACACACAGACACACACACACACACACACACACACACACAGACACACAGGGUUGGACUGAAUCUCUGAAUGGUCACAAGUAGAGCCCGAUCGAUAUAUCACAUGGCCCAUAUUGUUGGCAGAUAGCGAUCUACCACAUAUAUAGAUGUUUUCUGAUAUUGAUGCAUUUUUUCAGAACAUGGGAUUUAGAAAACUGGGUUUGAGCUUUUUUGGAUACAUCAUCUAGCCAAUGAUGGAUGCAAUCAGAUGCAAUAGUUUGUGUUGUUAAAUAUAGUAUUUAGUUCCUUCUGCAUUUCUUUGCAUUGUCAUAUUGCUGCAAAGUCUUUAUAGAAAAGGUCAUUCCAAGCGAAAAACAAUUCUCUAUAUUGACUGCUAUGUCAGAAAUGGGUUUUUUUCCCCCCAUUGAAAUAAAUAUUGGUAUCCACCAAUAAAAUCCAAUAUUGAUCGGGCUCUAUAUGUUAGUAUGAAACUGCAGUACAGCAUCAGUGUCGCCUAUAAGAACAGUACAGUGCAUUCUGGGCACCCCUUGCCUUGGCUGUUGCACAAUCACCUCUGAAAUCUUUUUUUUUUUUUUUUUAAAGAACGGCCAACCGAGAAUGUAAAAAACAACUAAGGAAGAGAAUGUUAUCUUUUCGAGGAUGAAUGAUUUGCCAAACUGCUUGUUUACAUGAAAUCAUUUCCACAUUUAUCAAGCACAUGCUGCACAGCUGCAGCUCCUCUUCAGAUCCAGGCUUCAGAGAAUGUAAGCUUGCAUGCCUUUUGCACCUUCAAGCAUCACCGGGUGUCUCCAGCCCAGCCGAUCGCCCUGUAAUUCGAUUGUAGCACGUUAUUGAUUGUAGCAUCCACAGUAACUUCUCUCACCCUCCUUUGUGCGUCUUUGACAAACAUCACAUUUACGUUGGUGUACUGCGGGUUUACAGAUGAUUAUCAAGGCAGAUCCUCAGGUGUACACACUCUUUGCGCUCCACAAAACAAAUGUGUAGUGCUCCUAAAAAGGACUCGUAGCACCGGUUGACAUGAUUCAUUCAUUCUGUUCCUGCGUCAUUAUUCAUCAGUGAGCCGAUUAUUUGAGUUUGGAGGCGAUGCCAAUGAAGUAUCGAAAACCCCUUUUUGUUUUUUGUUUUUUAGGAGUUUACUUCUUCCAUGUCUCACAGGUAUCUCCUUAUCUAGUGUUCUGUAUAUUUUGAAGAGAAAAAAAAUCAGCAUGAUUGAUUAAAAAAAAACAAAAGAAAAAAAUCUAUGCAAGUGUUGCAUGAAAUUCUGAUUGUUUCUUUUGAACGUUAAGUAUUUUAGUAAUGCAUUGAUUCUGAUUCUCCUCGUUGUCUUGUAGUGAUGGUCUUGUCUUUGGGGCUACUCACUCCUCACGCCACUAACAACCCUCUGACUAAAAAUCAUUUGAUUUAUCCAUUUAUAGUGGGGACACUUCUUUUUCCACAAUAUUGGUUUUGACACUCGUUGAUGCACUUUUAAAAGUCACUGGCUAAAAAGAAAACUUACCGGGUCCCAGAUCAGGCCUCUGUUUUUUUUUAAAUUUUAUUAUUGGUUAAAAAAAAGGGGAAUGAGUGAAUUAGUAAAGCCCUGCAUGUGUUAGUUUACCAAUUAGCUAUUUUCAUUCUAUUUUGGCAGAGUAUGUUUUUCAAAGCGGACCAAUUUAGCAACUGAUAAAACAGUUAAGGUUUUUCAAUUUUUGAAGCACAAUUUCUACAAGGGUUAUAAUUUAGUUUCCUCAGUCUUAUUCUGUAUGCAAUACUAAGCCUAACAUUGAAAAACUUUAAACGCCUUAGACCAUCUGGACUUCCUCUUUUGUGUGAGUAGAGAAUAAAUAAAAAAAAAUUGCACUACUUUUUUUUGGGAUGGUUGCUUUGUAAUGCAAUAACUGCACUAAAUAUAGCCGUGUAUCCACCAGACUACCACAGCGUGCUAGCGUGACCCAACACGCCUCUUCCCUCUAUUUAUCAAGAGACAGCAAAUGUGUAAAAAGUGACAUUUCCUGCCUGAUGCUGUAUAGAAUGCUUUCCUUUUGAAAAUAGAUUUACAAUGCUAAGUAAAAUAUGACUCAAACAAAAUAAACAUGACAUUUUAUGUA